CGACGCGAUAAUCAAUGAACAUGUUAGGAGUUAUUUAUUGGCUACCGCGUUACAAUUCGCCGCACGAUAAGUGGCUAGAAGUUUACACUGCUCGGAAAUUGUGUUCAAUCACAGUCUUUUCAUUCUUUCAGAGGAAUAGCUAUGAUUGGCCAGUUUCAUAACAUCGAUAUUGUAACUCCGGCGUAAAUCGAUUUGUACAUACGAACAAUUCAUUGGCUAUUGCUCCAACUUCAUUGCGCGACAAACAAUUUCGCGGUGUGCAUAAUUAGCCACAAGUUAAACUGAGAUUAAAAUUUAUCGAAAUAGGUAUCGAUCGAUUUAAUAUUAGUCGAAGUUAUUCGUUGAAAAUUUGGUCAGAGCUGGUCUUAAAUUCGUAGAAAAAAAUAUGAAUGAAUUUAUAUAAAACUUUGUAUUUCCGCGCGCCUCAGGAAACAAAAGUCGUAGAAUUAUCGCUUAGAGGGCAUUGCGUGCGCUGGAGUAUCUGAAAUAUGUGAUAGUUCGUCGACUUCAGAUAAUAUUUAAUCGAUGACCAAGGGAAAAGCGCUAGACUGCCAUAUUAGAAGCAGACCGUGACUUUAGACAUCAAAUGUCUUCUUUCCCUGAGGCUUUAUUCCCACGAUCCGCGAUAUGAUGUUUUGCCGUGUUGUAUUUUCGUGCCGAUGAUAAGUGUACAGUUUGUGGGUGUUCUGUACCCAGCAUGUCGUCGUUCUGUGCGUCUUACGCGUCUGCCGUACGCUCCUUUUAACUUGGACUCCGAAAAUGAAAUCUUUUUCUUAAUUUAACUAGGAAAUCGCGUGCGAGUUAAUUGCGCUGCUAGCGUGUCGCAUAACGCGCCGAAAGGAAGAAGAAAAGCAGAAGAGAAAAGCAGAAGAGAAAAGGAAGGAGUAUGUUUUUAGUUCGGAAGUUAUGAGACUGGCAAUGAUUCGACGUUGAAGAUGACAUAAAUCUGCGCUGUACGUAUUUCUGUAUAAAGGUGGAAGAGGGAAAACAAAAGAGAGAGACAGAGAGAAAGAGAGAGAAAGAGAAAGAGAGAGAGAAAGAGAGGAAGAGAGAGAAAGGAAGAGAUGUGUCGGUGGAUAAAUUACUACAAUUUGCUUAAUAGCUAAUAGACUCAAAAUUACUGGUAUGCUUUUACGAUUCACUCACCAUGUCCGUAUAUGCGACGAUACUGCCUCUCAUCUUCCUGGGAUUAUUAGGAAUUACGUCUGCAAAAGAUAUUAAAGGUUCAGUCUUUUGUGAAUUUUAUAAUGACACAAUGUGUGCAGAGAACGAACAAGAAUGUUCAGGAAGAGAAGAAUGUAUCCUACAUGAUCCAGAUAAACGUAAUCAUUGUUAUGUACUAUGGACACUGAACAGUACUACUAAAGAAACAAUAAUUAAAUUAAAGGGUUGCUUUUUAGAUAACAAUGAUUGUUAUGGUAAACCACUUUGUGUAGAGAAUAAUAUGGAAAGAAAAAAUGAAUUCUUUUUUUGUUGUUGCGAAGGCAAUAUGUGUAACCAAAACUUCUCUUGGGUUCCACAACCAACCACUAAGCCUACAGAACCAUCCGUUAUUCAUGAAUUAGAACCUAUACCUAAUGCAAAGCAGCAAGCAAUAACACUUGCCCUUUUAAUAGCAAUCCCUAUACUUCUUACAAUUAGUUUAUUUUCUUUUUGGUGGCUCUAUCGUCGUCGAAAAUUGGGCUAUUUUAACGAGAUACCAACGCUGGAACCAGUACCAUUGCCACAACCCUCACCUAAUCUAGGCUUACGACCAAUACAACUUCUUGAGAUCAAAGCUCGAGGUCGUUUCGGAGCAGUUUGGAAAGCCCAAUUUAAAAAUGAGAUUGUGGCAGUUAAAGUUUUUCCCAUUCAAGAUAAACAAUCUUGGCAGACUGAACAAGAGAUCUUUAAGCUUGCACAUAUGGAUCACGAGGACAUAUUACACUUUAUAGGUGUUGAAAAGCGUGGAGAUAAUCUACAAGCUGAAUUUUGGUUAAUCACGGCGUAUCACGAAAAAGGUUCACUGUGCGAUUAUUUAAAAGCAAACAUUGUAACAUGGCCUGAGAUGUGUAGAAUUGCAGAGUCCAUGGCAAGAGGUUUAAUGCAUCUACAUGAGGAAAUCCCAGCUAAUAAAGCAGAUGGCUAUAAACCAGCUGUAGCUCAUAGAGAUUUUAAGUCAAAAAACGUUUUACUCAAGGCUGAUAUGAGUGCCUGUAUAGCAGAUUUUGGCUUAGCGCUUAUUUUUCAUCCAGGAAAACCUUGCGGUGAUACACACGGACAGGUUGGAACGCGAAGAUACAUGGCACCAGAAGUUUUAGAAGGAGCAAUAAAUUUUACUAGAGAUUCAUUUUUACGAAUUGACAUGUAUGCCUGUGGGUUGGUUCUGUGGGAAUUAGCUUCAAGAUGUACUGUACAAAAUGGACCAAUAGGAGAAUAUCGACUACCAUUUGAGGACGAAGUUGGUCUCCAUCCUACUCUAGAAGACAUGCAGGAAAGUGUUGUUCAUAAAAAAGAGAGACCGCUCAUUUUAGAAACUUGGCGUAAACAUCCAGGAUUAUCAUCAAUUUGUGAUACAAUGGAAGAAUGUUGGGAUCACGAUGCCGAAGCACGCCUUUCUGCCUCGUGCGUAGUGGAACGAGUUGCUACUCUUGGUAGAGCUCUUGUAUUAAAUUCAACUACUUUGAUUCGUGUUGAUAAUACCAACGAGAUUAUUACUACCAAGGAAUCUAGUAUGUAGUUAGUGUCCAUUAAUAUAGUUUAUUUUAAUGGCACAAUUUUUUGUACCAUAAUUUUGUUAUACGUAUCAAUGAGGAAUGUUGAAACAAUAGAAAAAAGACAAGCAUAUAUCUCCGAUUUUAUGUUUUACUAUUUGAAUAAUUAUUAAUUUUUCCUCUAUAUAAUGCUAUACAAGUGAUCGUUAGUUACAUCAUGGCAUUCAUCCUAAUAAAAGUAUGUCGAUUACACAUUACAUAUUUUAUCUUUCCCAAUGCCUUUUUAUGCAUUGGUGACAGAUUCACUAACAUUAAAAAGGUUUGCGAAAUUGACAAACAUUUUUUUAAUGUCUAGAAAAUGUAAAGUAAAACACUAUGGGCAAAAUAUUACACAAGUAAUUGUAAGGUGAAUAAGAAAAAUUUAAAUAGAUGAAAUUAUAAUUAUUUGCUGCCAAAUUAUAUCUCAAUAUUACAUUUCAUACACGUAAAUCUCUGUUUUAAAAAUGUAAAUAAAAAGAGCGAUGUAUCUCA